AUGUCAGCCCUGGCAGCCAGACGAGCUGCUGCUCUUCUCGCCUCUCAGAAUCCUACUUCCUCUUUCUCGAAAGCUCCCUCGCCCCAGCCCAGUGUAGCUUCUUCACCUUCUCCCCAAAUAUUAGAGAGCGAUUCAGAUGAGGACGGAAGCACUCCUCCUCCUCCUCCACCCGCUACCAACAAGAAGAGAAAACUGCGUAAAUCAUCCCCACCACCAGCAAUCACCCCUCCAACACGGUACCAUAAUGAUACAUUUCCGACGACCAUGAUCCUUAAACCUGAAAUCGUAAAAUCAAAUAGGAAAAGACGAUUUUCACCAUCUGCACCCGCCGAGGAGCCCGACGUAGUAUCUGAAGACGGUAGUGAUAUGUCCGUAGGAGAUAGUGAUGCAGACUUAGCUGAGGAAGGUAUGAAUGAUGUUGAUGAAGGUAGAGCUCAAUGGAGUGUACCUAUAACUUCUGUUGAUUCGACUCCUGGUCCAUCGAGGAAUAAGCCCAAGCCGAUCAUACAGGAUAGCACUGGUAUUGACAAUACGUCGAAAUUCGCUGCACUGGAAAGCGUCAAUAUAUACAAAGUAUCGAAAGAUGACUUACGGUUGGCUGGACUGAAAGAUGAUUAUGCGGGAGAUGGGAUGAUCAUAAGUCUAGCCAAAGAAGAGAAUCUGAUCAUUGCCGGUACAUACACCUUGACCCCCUUGUCCGGAAGCAUAUCUACAUCUUCCUGUACACUUCAAUGCGACGGCACGUCGUAUCCCGUCUUCGCUCCUACCUCUCAUCCUAUACCUGUCAUCUCACCGGUAUCUGCCAAAACGAAUCAGGGCAAUGUACCUUGGCUUAGCAAGCUUAAACCACCCAAAGGAUUCAGAAAGGGAGAAACACUAUUUCUCAUCAGAGAGAAUAAUUGCGGUAUCGACGGAUUGAGGUAUGGUGCUGUACCGGGAUUCGCUCAUAUAUGGUUGGAAGAGAUAGGAAGCUGGGGUCUCAAGGGUGUUCAUCCCGUGAUUGGAUCAUUCUCCACUCCCAUAUAUCCUCAUGUAACUCCAUCAACGUGGUCCGAAGCUCUAUCUUCCCUCUCCUCAAAUGAGGAAGAUAGUGAACGACCAUUUGUAGGGCUUAUCAAAGGUCCAAAGCGAUCUGGUAAAUCCACUUUCGGACGGGCGGUCCUAAACAACCUUUUGGAGAAGUACGAGAGGGUAGCUUGGUUGGAAUGUGAUCUGGGUCAAGGCGAGUUUAGUGCGGGUGGUAUAGUAGGAUUAUGGGUUCUGGACAAACAAGUUUUAGGUCCCUCAUUCACCCAUCCAUCGCUCCCUUAUCGAGCCCAUUAUUUAGGCACAUACACGCCUCUCACUUGUCCAGAUGAGUACAUCACGUCCCUCAAACAUUUAUUGGAAAUCUACAAAUUCGAUAUCCAACAUUCACUUUCCGCCUCUACUUCUACCUUCACAAACAAAAUCAUUGAUCAAGUGCCAUUGGUGGUCAACACUCAAGGAUGGGUAAAAGGUCUAGGUGAAGAAUUAUUACAAUCCAUAGAAAGGAUGUCUGAGCCUUCACAUAUCUAUUCAUUCUCUUCUCCAUAUGAAGAGGAACAGCAGUAUAUCAAUACGAAUGGAUGGACGAAUUCACCAGUAUAUCCGACAAGCCUAUUACCCGAUCCAUACUCUGACGAAAAAGUACAGAUCAAGCAGAUCAUACUUGAAUCAGCACCAAUCACACCCCUUCAAGCUAGGUUCUCGGCCGCUGAUCUGAGGGUAUUAUCAAUUUUAUCGUAUUUCUACAGUUCGAUCUCGCCCGAGGGAAUUAAAAAGUGGGACUUUGCUAAACCACUUACAUACCUUAACCCGUGGGAGGUAGAGUACGGUACGGAUACGAAAAACAAAGCGAUCAAUAGGAUAUAUAUGAUAGGGGAAGGUAGUGAAGGUGUCUUGAGUGAAGAUCUGAAUAUAGCAUUAAAUGGAUCGAUCGUCGCUUUGAUCGAGUUCAUCAAUACGGUAUCUAUGAUUGAAGAUGGAGAUGAAGAUCAGGUUUAUUUACAAGGUAGAUCUCUGCCGGAAUUGGAUUCAAUGAAUUUCCUAGGAUUAGGUUUAAUACGAUAUAUCCAACCUUCGUCUUUGACCUUGUUAGAUGGUAAGAUUCACCUCCUGACUCCUCUUUCGGCGGAAGUACUGGGUAGAUGUAAAGGGUUGAUCAAGAAUGGUGCUAUCGAAUUACCAACUCCGGGAAUGCUAGGUUGGUCAAAAUCAAAUUCGAACUCUUCGACUCAAGGAGAGGGUGAAGAAGGGCAGAUACCGUUCUUUGAUAAGAGUGGGAUCGAAGUUGUCGGAGGGGAAAGAAGGAGAUGGAGGAAGAAUAUAAUGAGGAAAGGGAUGUAG